GACGUCACCGAACAACCAGGCUAAAGACAGACGUCACCGAACAACCAGGCUAAAGACAGACGUCACCGAACAACCAGGCUAAAGACAAACGUCACCCACCAAACCAUUCUGAGAUAACUUCCUGAUGUCUGAGAUGUGAUUCCAAUGUUGACCACACGUCGUCCUGCCACAAACUGCCACGCGAGGAGUGAGUAAAUGUUUAUCAGCAUCUGACCGUGCUAGAACAAACAGGACAGUUGCUCAACAUGACGUCAUUGACAGUUGGAAUGUUCGACUCCUUCCGGGGAUUAUUGAUAUCAUAUCUGACGUCGUUGGCCAGCGUUUGGCUCUUGUGUUACUUAUCAGCCAACUUGGUGCCAGUGUCCGGUUCACACGGAGUCAAGCUGAACACCACGGAAGAGACAGUUACGGUUGUCGCAGGAAAGCGAGCUAUCCUCCCGUGUUCCGUGGAUUCCAUAGCAGACCUGAAUGUUUUCAGAAACGAAUAUAAGGUGAUCUGGGUGAACCCAAGAAAAACGGUCAUGAGCUUGGGCGACCGCAGGCUCAUCGACGACAGCAGGGUGAGUGUAGAGAGACCUUACAUGAAGAUCUGGAACCUUCUCAUUCGUGACGUCAGACACAACGACAGCGGCACCUAUCAGUGUCAGGUCAACACCUUCCCAGAGCAGAUCAAGAAAGUUAACUUAGACGUUAAAGUGCCACCGAUGAUCCACAACAACCUGUCCACCGACAAAGUUGAUCUGAAGGAGCACGAGACAGCCACCCUGGUCUGCAACGUCUCGGGGGUGCCCCACCCCAACGUCACGUGGUUCAAGAGGGACACGGUCUUAAAGCAGAAAGAAAGGAUCGGCACCGAGGGUGAGGUGCUCAUCAUCCACAACAUCACACGGGUCUGUCAGGGCACGUACGAGUGUUACGUCGACAACGGCGUGCCGCCAGCACUCACCAAAGCCAUACGGGUGGUGGUCAAUUAUGCACCGAAAGUGUACUUGGAUGGCCCCAAACGGUUGGGCCAGUCCCUGGGGAAGGAGACGAUUGUGGAGUGUCACGUGUCAGCCCACCCCCAGAGUGAGACCAGCUGGAGGAAAGGGGGGAGAAUUCUUUCCAAAGGGGAGAAGUACGACAUACAGGUAUUUGUCAGUGAAGAAGAAAACACGGUGAUCUUGGCCCUGAGGAUUCGUGACAUCACACCUGACGACUUCGGACACUACGACUGUGUGGCUUCUAACGCCAUUGGUAGUGACAAGGAUACUUUUAUUUUGCAUGAAACAAUAACAACAACCACAACGGAACCACCGAAGGUCGACAGCUACAACCCCGACCAGUUUGAGGAACCCCGGCUGUACAACAGCAAACCCGAGCACAAACUGGGUAAUCACGAAGUCGACUACCACAGUCAAAUUACCGAGAUUCAAUCGUCAAACAAGGGAGUUAAUAUGGGUUAUGACGACUCCGAUAGCGGAAGUGGAGCUAAAAGCGAAACACUUCAAAACUCUGUGUCUGCAGGUAAUUUCAUCUCUCCAUCCCUCAUGUAUGUAGAGCCAUCUUCAUUAGUCAUGUACAAAUUUCCCCAUUAUUCACAUAUAACCUUCAUCCCUUCUCCACUGAGUGUUAGACGCCACCGCAAGAAGCGACAACAGCAGGAACGGUGCAGACGUUAA